UGAGGUGAAGGUAUAUCUCUCUUCCAUACUUCACGAACUACAAUAUGUUUUAUCCUUGUUCUAGAUAAACCACUUUCUGCCUCACCACUGGACGAAGUCCGUGUUAAUCUUCGUUCAUUUCUCCAAACAGUACUGCCUGCUGGAGGCAAAUACGAUCUUAAUGAUGCCAUUUCUCAACGAACACAACUAGAAACAUCUCCUUUCUCUUGUAUUGGAUUACAUUGCUCCAAAGUCAGGCAAAUAUCAACAAAAUAUGUCUAGCAAAAAAUAUUUUCAACACACCACCAUAUUGUGUUUACGUUGGCAUUGAAAUUAUUCCUUCGCCUCCCCCCCCCCUCCCCAACCCUAACUUCACCCCCCGUAUCUUACGCCAUUAAACACAAUUCGAGAAUUCCAUGGCGAGAGGUUUAAAUUUCCUUAGUUUUCAGCAAAUUGCCUUUUCAUUUUCUGUGAUUUCAGCCUUUUUCAGCGAAAUCAACCGGUCAGAAGCCUUCACCCUUGAUGGUUUUAAAAUAAAUUCUGGUUGAGCUUGGUUGAGAGGCUAGGUUGAGACUGCAGGCUGGCUAACAGAAAUCGUAUUCUAAUACAAAGAGACAUUGUACAAACAUCGGGAAAAUUUUUGAGGUGUAGUAUAAAACACCUAAGACAGAUAUCAAGCUCAUAGAAUGAAUCACGAAGUUUUGGAAUAAUAUCAGGUCCUUGAAAUCUUUUUAAUUCCUUAAUUGUAUUAUAUCUUCAACUUUUGGGCACUCUUUACUCUUUUAAUAUAGCUACUCUUUGUAUUAAAUAUUUAUUAUAAAAUAGCACAUAAUAAAUCCUGAAAAUGCAAAUUCCUGUUUUUAAGGAUUUAUCCAUAUUUCUCUGAUCAUGUAGCCUGACAACGGCCUGCGAGCAGGCUACUGAUCAUGUGGCACAGUGACAGUGGCAGUCUGGCAGAUAUGCAUAUUAAAAAUUUUAUACAAUAAUGACUUUGCUCUAGUUUUAAAAUCAUAAAUUUGAAAUUGUAGUUCAUUGUGACAGGAUUUUGCAUGCAUUUAUGCAGAUCUAAGACAGGAGUGCAGUUCUUUAUUUCAGGAACCUCCAAUAUUGUGUUUCAAAACAUCAGGACAUUUGCUGUAACAGCUUUAACACAAGGUAUAUGUUUUUAAUGCUUUAUAUAAUAUUAAGCAUUAUACUUGUUCUUGAUUUAAUUUUAAACAGUCUAGAAAUGAUCUACUUAUAAUUAAUGAUGUAAAAAUAUAAUAAUACCCCUGCGGAGCUGUUCACUUUGGCUACAUGCCUAUACUAGUAUACUUGCACCAAACACCCCCUCCUAAAUUUCCAACCCCCUAUAAUUAAACCCGCCCCCUCCCCCUGAUCCCAAGAUUUCUGGCAUGAGGUUAUGAAAUUUAUUUUUGUGUGUGUUUUGAUGUUAUGUACUUAGGUGAAUAUAAUGUUUUUGAUGUUACUCUGAGUGUAUAUCGCAUUCCACACCGGGCAGGCUGAAAAGUUAGCCUGACCACGGUGAGAAUCGAACCCACAACCUUUGGUAUACUAGUCCAAUCCUCUGCCAACUGAGCUACCAGGCCAAGUCUGUUCAAGUGUGUGGUAUUUCAGAACUUUAGAAGUCUAGUACCUUCGAUACCAAUGUGUUCUAUGAAAUAUAUGUAUACCACACUUUUCACUAACUUUUCAGCCUCCCUGCGGCCGGUGUGGAUACAGAGGGUCCUGAAGGGGGGUCCCAAUCCCAUUUCCCACCUGAAAUUUUGGCAAAAUCCCAGUCCCAGUUGGAUUUUUAAUAGAAAUCCCAGUCCGAGUUAUUGAAAUCCCAGUCAAUAAAAAAAAGUUAUUUAUCGGUAGAAUAAACAGUUUUAAGACCUUUUAGCCGGCGUGUGUGCGCACCGUGUGGCAGAAGUGGUUGUGCUUUGCCUUUGAGGUAUAUACUAAGGGUUAAAUGAAGUACAUGUAUAAGUAUGAUGGCAAAGUAAAUAAUUAAAAUAAAUAAACCAGGCAUAUAUUCCGCUGUGCAUCUGACUUGGGACACGCAUAAUCAGAAAACCCAGAAUUCCUGGCACCAGAGCAGGGCUCGAAACUUGCGGUAUCCCGAUAUCCACAGGAUAUCAGAUUUUAAUUUUGCAUACUAGGUAUCAUAAGCUCAGUAUCCCAACUGGAUACUAGGAAAACUUAGAAAUUGCGAUAGUAGAUAAUAAUCUAGACUUUGGGCAUGUUUCCGAACUUCAAUGUCUAUGGAUUUUGGCAGAAUAUUAAAAAAACAACAUUUCACAAACGGUGCUUUCUUUUGUAUCGCCGCAGUGUGUUAUUUUCAAUUUUUUCGAAUUUCAAUACAUAUUUUUAUUAUUGAAACUAAAGGCCUGGUUUCUGUUCAGCAACUGAAGGCCUGGUUGCAAGGUAAAAUUUUGCCUUGCUUAGAUACUGGAAAUAGAAUAUCUUGUAUCCAAAUCUGGGUUACUACAGUAUAUUUCAAGGAUGGAUACUAGAUUCUAUGAUGCUGGUAUCCACUUGGAUACUGACAAAAAUUUCAAGUUUCGAGCCCUGACCAGAGUAUGCCUGUUUGCAGGUAGUCCUGUGAAUAAUAUAGUUAACAACAACAAUCAUGACCAAAGACACCAAAAACGGAUCAAAAUUGUAUUUUAAAAUACUCGAAACGUGGAAAAAUUGGGAAUCGAGUUGCAUUACCUCAAUCCCAUCCCCAUUUUUGAGGACUUCAUUUCCCAUGACAUGUGAAUGCAUUCCCAGUGACCAAAUCCCAUUUUUCCAGUCUAAAGAUAGAUCAAUCCCAGUUCCCAUUUUACCCCUUCAGGACCCUCGAUAUACACUCAGAGUAACAUAAAAAAUGUUAUUGAAUUUGUUGACAUAUUGGCAUGAGAUCACAUGUAUGGUUUCAAAAUAAUUUGAUGCCAUACACUAUCAUAAAUCACAGAGUAAGAAGAAAAUAAUCAACCAUGUUUCACAGCUAAAUCAAAUACACCCAUGUCCCCAAAUACUUUGUGCAAAAAGUAUGGAGGCCCUCUAUUAACCCUUCUCUAUGGUGAUAUACAUAGGGAAUGUCAGUAAUGUACAUACUACAUGAAUUGUUAAUCAAAUUGUGACAGCAACAAUUAGGUGGAAAACAAUAGCAAAAUUGUAAAAACAGACAUAGAAAUAGAGAUCUGCCAAAAUUCCAACUUCUGUAAGUUUAACAAAUAUAUUAACUGAUUAGUGAGAUGAAGGGUGGUGGAAUACUCCCCAGUUGUCAGGUACAGUAGUCAUUAUUAGUUAUUUUAUCUCAGUCGGCAAAUUGGUUUUGUAGUCGGCAAAACAUGAAUUGGUAGGAAUGGGAAAAAUUAAGCAUUGGAAUGACACUGAUUAACCAUUGCCACUAGAAAAGGAUAUACUAAUAAUAAAAACUAAUUAUAGCUAAAAUGUAGAGAAAUUUUUAAGGAAAUGACUCUGCAAAGGAAAUGACUCUUACACCUCCCCCUCAUUCCAAUAGCGCAAAAGCACCACCCUUGAGUGAGUUUUGAAAAUAUGACUGCUAUGUACUGGUAGUGGAUGACUUGCAUAGUCACUCUAAAAGUGCCACAUUAUAGGCAUGUACAGUACUGCCAAGAAAUAACUUAACCCCACGUCUGCCUGUGUCCUGCCUCCAGAGCGCCCGCGUCCGGUCUCUAGUUGAGAACUGCAUCCUCUUGGACGCAGUCGUCGUAACAUAAUCGGAAAAACGGACUAUUUGCAUCAUACUCGUAGUUUGUUGUGAGAAUACAGAUCAGUGUCACUGAUCGGAGAAGAAAAGAAUUAAAAGUUCAAUCUGAAAAUGAGUUUCAUUGAACCUAAGCAUUACAUUUAGUUAGGGGUGCACCGGAUUUGGAAUUGGACAAAAAUUCCGGCCGGAAUUCCGGCCGGAUUUGCCGGAUUUGAGAUUAACCGGUAAUGGGGACAAUUGGUGAUAAAUCAGUAUUCAAAAUGGCGGUUUAUGUUUUCAGUACAAUUUUUAGUUAGUGUCAGUUUAGAUUUUUGAUUGUGUUUAAACCUUUUUUAAAUAUGUUUUUGUUAAUAACUUAAUAUUUUAUAAUAAUAUAAGGGUUUUUUAAACUUUAAAGCUGCCAAAUUGAUGGUUUAUCCCAUUCUUGGUGAAUUUUGAAAGCUGAAAACAGAAAUUUAAAUCCGGCCGGAUUUUCUCCAAAUCCGGCCGGAAGCCGGAUGCCGGAAAAUUCGUUAAAUCCGGCCGGAAUUCCGGCCGGAUUUGAAAUCCGGUGCACCCCUACAUUUAGUAUAACCAUUUUAUAAUAUGCUUGUGUGAUGUUACUCUGAGUGUAUAUCCAGUCAGAGUAACAUCACACAAGCAUUUUAAUUAUUCACCUGAGUACAUUACACCAACACAGCAAAUACCAUUUUAUAAUGUUAUACGAAAUGUAAUAUGCUUUCACAAUGUAAUCACACAAACUCGAGUCGCGAUCGAAGCCGAUAUGACUGUAUAUCAGAGCGUAAAAUAUGUUGGACAUAAACUAUAUAAUUAAUUAAGUAUAAUGUAGACACAUAAUUUUAUAAACUCAGCGAGAUCACGACUACGACAAGUAUUUUGCUGCUCAAAUUCUGACUUACCUCCGUAAAAGAUUGCCGAUGAGUUGAUAUGCUAUUAAAGCAUUCGUUCAGGUUGAUGACAACGAUCCAUCCAAAGUUUGCAAAAUUACCUUAUUUCAGCAAUUGGUCUACAGUGGCGAUUACGACAUUGUUAGUGUAUGUGAAACUUGGCUCAAUGAUUCGGUCCUUGACAGCGAGUUGUUGAAGGGAUAUUCCAUCUUCCGUAACGACAGGGUGGAGAGAAAUGGUGGUGGCGUUCUAGUUGCUGCAAAGGACACUAUAAGGCAUUGAACUUGUCGUCGUUGAACUUUCCCAACUUAAUAAUCAGUCCAUCAUUUUGUAUACCUACUAUAGAUCGCCCUCCAGGUUAUCCUUACACAACAACAACUGAGUUCAUCCCUUGCAAAUAUCCAUGAAUCUAGCUGUGUUCUUCUAGUUGGUGACUUUAAUCUCCCUGCAACUGACUGGUCAUUUGAUCAACCAAGCCCCUCCAAUAUCGGAGGACAUCUGGAAGACAAGUUUUGCGAACUAUUUGCCGAUUAUUUUCUUGAACAACUAAUUCCUGGUCCGACGCAUCGCGGUGGUAAUAAACUUGACCCAGUUUUGUGCAACUGUCCUGAAAUCAUUUGAGGUGUAUCAACAUCUGCUCCCGAACAAUCUGAUUUUUCUCUCGGGCUAAAUCUAUUAGACGGACAGUGUUCGAUUACAGGCGCGGAAAUUUUGAAGAUAUGCGCAAGUCUCUAUCUAACACACCAUUUGAUGGUACACUCCCAGAAAACAUUGACGAGCACUGGUGUCGUUGGAAGGAAUGGUUUCUGAUGCAUGUUGAUAAUUUCAUUCCAGUGAAAUUGGUUAUGGAUACUAACUCGCCACCUUGGAUUGACGGAGAAGUACGUCAAUUCAUUCGAAAGAAAUACGCAGCAUUGAAGAAAUUUCGACAAUCCAAGUCUGCCGCUCGUAAACAUAAACUACGAACAUUGACUCAAACCAUCACAUACUUAGUUAGACGAAAAUAUCGUGAAUAUCUUGCCAAAGUCAAAAAUUAUUUUCAAGAUAACCCAAAACUAUUCUGGAGUUAUCACAAAUCCAUGCUCCAUCAUCGUGUUAGCUCAAAUGCAGAAAUUUCUUUCAAAGGUGUCACGACAAAGACUGCUGCCCACAAAGCUGAACUUUUCAACAUGUAUUUUUCUUCUGUUUUCACACCCUCGCGACCUAACACACAUUUAGCUGAUGCUAAUAACUUCAUUCCAUUGAGAACUGAUCAUACAUUAUCUGAUGUUACCAUCAACGUGAAUGAAAUUUCGGAAUGUUUGAACGGUUUGGAUACGUCAAAAGCAUGCGGUCUUGAUGGCAUCCCUUCUAGACUCCUGAAGGAAUGUCACCAACAAAUCGCACCAAGCCUUUGUGAUGUCUUCAAUCAUUCACUAGUAUCCGGUCGAGUUCCUUCGGAGUGGAAAUCAGCAAAUGUCACGCCCAUACACAAGAAGAAACAGAAAGAACCGGCAGAAAAUUAUUGCCCAAUCUCACUCCUUCCCAUUAUUAGCAAAGUCAUGGAACGCUACAUGUAUAGCAGACUUUAUAAAUACUAUGACUAGGAAGACAAUUUUAAGCGGUAAUUUUAAGCUCACACUGAUCUCGGUCAUGCAGUAUGUAAUACUAUAUGCAGUUACUUUUAACUAAAAGCCAGGCUUAGGCUUUAUAAAGAAACCCUUUUUGGGAAAAACACUGCUCAGUAUUCGCCUGGCAAAUUUACUAAAACAGUGUAAAACACAGUGUCAUUUAUGCAAUUAGCGUUUUAUAUUGUUCUCCAUUCCCAAGCAUCAGGGAGCCUUAUGUCUCAAUCAAUUCCAUGGGUGCCCAUCCCCCCAAGGCGUUUGUCGGGCAUUUGUCAUUUUGGCGAAAAAACGUUGCAAAUGCCCCACUAUGGGGUCCAAAUAAUGCAGCAAAAUCCCCACCCUUGGGGAAUUACAUUGACGCAAAUGCCCCACCCUUGGGGGACAAAAUAUAAGUUUUCUGAGGAUAUCUGAUCCAAAUCGAAUGCAAGCGCUAUCUCGUAUCAAUAUAUCUGUAUUUAAAAUCGAUUCUGUAUAGGCAUUCCGUUUCAAAACGUUUAUAAUUAAAAUAUUGAAUUGAAGUCUCAAAACUUGAUAUAACAAUAUCAAACUGCGGAAGUAAGUCAAUGAAUCAACAGUAUGGACAAGAAAAAAAGUCUAAAGUGUGUAUGUCCGCCAAGAUUAAUUCGCAGUACGCACGCACAUAUAACGUAUGUACUAAAAUGCGGCUAAAUAGCGAAACAAGCGACAAAUAUUCGACUUUUUAGCCUCCAGCAAAUUACCCACCCCGGGGCUAACCUGCAGAAAACAAAUGCCCGACCCUGGGAACAAGUGCAGUUGAGAAUGCCCGACAAACGCCCGGGGGGGGGGGGAUGGGCAACCAUGGAAUUGAUUGAGACAUUAGGCAAAACCAAACGCUAGUGGAAAGUGAGUUUUUAAAAAUAUUAAUAUUUUAAAAAGGUCCAUGAACAUUUUUCUAUAGGUCACUCAGGUGUGCUCAGCUCAAUGCGUAUGAAUCAUUACUAACUAUAUAAAUAACCGACCACUAUUAUUGGACUUGUUAUAAUUUCUGGAUAAAUUACUUCUCUUAAUCCCUUAAUGGAAUACUUUUACAUGUCCAGGAAACAGUCUUUGUGUUUCAAUGACUGUGACUCACUGCUUGAUAUUCAAAGUUGCAGUAUAAAUCACAGCUGCUUACACAUUUGAUAUUCGCUAAAGCCGACCUGAAGAGCUCAGAGGCUAGUAACAUCACUCGAUCCGUAUCACUGUCAGACUAAUAAAAUGAGUUAUCGAUCGCUUACUGUUACUCGUCAACCAAAACGUAUGUUGGUUUUUUUCGAAGAAGAUAUGAAACCACGUGCAUUUUGCAAUUCCAACCGACAACGUUAAAAGAAAUAUACAGGGUUUAAACCAAACGUUAUACGAAGGUGCGAAAGUAAAGGUCGAAUACGAAAAGGAACUUUACGAAGCACAAAUUCUGAAACUUCACGGUAAGUUUAAUAUUAGAAAUAUAAAAAUAGAGGUCUGCAACGUUUGUGUAUAAAAACGUGGUGUGAAAUCGCUAGCAUGAAUAUUUCCCGACGCCCACAGUUUGUUUAUGAAAAGCGAAACGCGAUAAUGUCCGACAGUGUACGAAGAGAACUCUUUCUCAGCAGCGUCCUCGCCAGCAGACGCAAAGCGGACGCAUGGCGCCCGCACAGUGGACGCACCCUCAAGCGCCCGCAGACGCACAGUGGACGCACGACGGACGCGUGGCACCCGCAGGAUGGACGCAGGCGCCCGUGGACGCACAGUGGACGCAAGAUACCCGCGUCUUGGAUGCGGUUUUUGAUAAGUUAUUUCUUGGCAGUACUGUAUAACAAUACAGAAAUCCUGCUAAAAUAUUGCUGGCAAGUACCAAGUGAACACUAAUCCUUAUAUGGAUAAUACAUCACCUUUUUUUUUCAUUAGCAGACACUUCAGAUAGUUGCAGAAAAAUGGUUGACACACAGAUUGGUGCCAUGGAAUUUGGCAGGCAGACAAAUGAAUCAGAGGUAUCAAAAUAUAAUAUAUCUUACUAAUGUCUGUACCUAUUUCUUGGCUUUAUUAAACUGGUUGAGACUACCUUUCCUAGUUUCCCUCGAUCUAUAUACAAAUUCACACAUGUCAAACAUAUACUUCAUAAAAAAUUCAUAAAAUCAUAAAUAAAAGGACAAAGUGCUGCCAUGUGUGAUAUGUCUUAUUAACCCUAUAAUUGACAAUUUGACUAGAUUUCACGCUACUUUAAUUAUCAUGUUACUCUGUCUACCGCCGGACAAUUUUUUUUUUUUUGGGGGGGGGGGUGCUGCGUAGUUUUAGUAGGUGUAGAAUGCAGUCACAUGCCUAAAUGUUUUGACAUGAAAACAACUCGCUAGUGAAGACACUUUUUGGGGGUGAGAAGAAGCAUUCGUGGUUUGAAGUGGGGCGCAUCUGGGCGCAUUGCCACUUAAAGAGUUAACAGGGCGCAUGGGCAGAUAGUCUGAUAUCGAGUGGCAGCACGCUCUCCCUGACGACUAAAAUCUUCUGGCAUUAGACAUAGUAAAAUAAUGAAGUGGGGGGCAUCUGGGCACCUUGCCACCUAGAGAGUUAAACAAUCUGACAGUUACCUUUGUUACGGUACUCUUAUCUAUGUAUUAGUUACGUCAUAAACUCUUAAUUAUAUUAUGCAGCAUUGUGAAAUUUUUGUUUUAUUAGAGUUUUGAGGUUAUGGAUUACUGUUUGAAUAAAGGUCUCAAAUGGUUUGAUACUGCCUUGAUGUAAGUUUUAUUGGACUUAAAGUGGCGCUUAAUUUCUUUAAUUUCCAAGUCUCACAGUACACAGGACAGGAUGAAUUUGAAAUACACUCAAAUUUGCAUGAUCAGGUUCCACAUGGGAGGCCGGAAAUUGCCACGGCUAAUCAUCCAGAUGUAGUCUACAGUACAUCCUUCAACCUAUGCACUUCUCAAUUAUUUUCAAAAAAUAGUUUAGCCAUACUUUAGCUGAAGAGUUCAGCUGGACGAUAAUUAAUGGUAUCUUGUAUAAACAUAUUAUUUAUUAACUAUAGUCUUAAAUUAAUGUUUUUAUGGUUUAGGUAUAAUGGAAGUAAAAGUGAAAAGAUCAUGGGAAAAUAUGUAGUAAAAGAAGGUAGAUCCAAGGUAUCAUUGUAGUUACAAUCUUGUCAGAUGGACAAGUAUGAUUAAAGACACCUCUCUAAUACAGACACCUCUCUAAUAGGGACAUCUCUCCAACAUAAACACACCUUCCUAAUACAGAUGUCUCUCUAUUGCUGCCUCUCUAAUAUGCUUAUUGAUAAUGUUGUAUAAUUAUAAAAGCUGCCAAAGUUCCAGGUAUGGUUUCAGGGUUUAAUAGAUAAAUUCAACGAAAAAAUAAUUACUAUUAAUAAUUCAUUUAGAUGUACAUUGCGACAAAAGCGUACCCUGGCUUUAGCGAAAAAGGUUGGUUAACUUUAUAAGUUGUUUUAUGUACUUCAGCGUUAAAUUAAUGUUUCAGAGAAGAAGAACAGUUGUAGUAUUACCCGGUACAUAGAGGAUCGAAAGUAAUUAGUAUUCAGUGAUUAUUUGGGGUGUGCGCACGCGUGCGUCCUGAUAAGGGUGUGCGCACGGAUGUGUGCGCACGGGUGUGUGUACUAAGAAGAGAAUGAACAAAAGUUGUUUUAAAAAUAUUUAUUGAAAACGAAUAACUGUUUAUGAACAUAAUAAAAGUUUUAGAUGUAACUGUUCGAAGAGUGUUUAUUGAUUUUCGUUCCAGUAGUACAGAUAACCCAGAAUGAUUUGAUAUUAGGAGGAAUUUGAUUUGAACUUUAGAUCCUUUAGGAAUUCAAGAGUUGUUUUAUGGUUUUUGUUAGGUUUUUGUUGCAUGCCAUAUAUGGCAUGCAACUUUCAUAUAGCUCUAAAUUUCGUGUCGCGGUGAGCGGCGGUGAGCGGUGAGCGGUGGUGAGCGUACCAGUUACGUGGCAAAUUCGUAAAAGACGACUAAUACCGAGUUUUUCCGACGAGCAUUUUCAUGCCGGGUUUUCGUUGAGGAAACGCAAAGAAAUAUUGAUUAUUAAUAUUUGCCGAAAAUUUACAUAAUUGAGCGCCUUAGAAAAUAGGUCGAGGUAGGUAUAGCUUUACUGUUUUUAACUUACCUUAUAUUCUGUUAUUUUGGAGCCGUUGUGCUCGCACUGAUUAUUUAUCAAUUAUCAGGCGUUUAUUAUCAAUAUAUCGUGAAAGCCUCAAAGCCCACGCUAUCAAAACACUCAAUUUUUAUAUACUGAAACGAAGCCAUUGUGCUCGCACUAAUUAUAUUCUGUGCAAAGCUUCAAAACUACAGCACAUUUUGUAAAUAACAUGAAAUAUACAAUAAAUAUCAAACAAAAUUUGAAUUAUAAAUAGUAUUGAAAUUUAAUACAACGAAAUAGCAACCAUUGUGAAGUACGCAUAAGAUCCAACAUGACAUUCAGCAUGACAUUCGAUAUAGUGUAAAUUAACUCAUUUCAAUCACUCAAACGACCAUACAGGUCAUAUUAGCUGACUAGUACCUUUAUGAUUUUUCUACUUCGACAAUUUCAAUCAUAGUUUAAUUAAUAAUCAUUUUCAAUCUAUUAUAGUAAUUCACCGUUUCCACGGUUUUUUAUACGUUUUAAAAGUUACAAUAAAGCUAAAUCUAUAGGAAAUUACGUUUAAUAUUUAGUUAUAAAUUUGUAAAGGAAAUCUAACAGUCAAUCGCUUUCGAUAAAACCUUGACCGACCUUGACCUUGUUAUUACCGUCGCUUGCAACUAACAAUGAACGGUCGCUCAUAAAAACAUUGCCUAUUCGUGUGAGAAUCUUAAGUUUCUUAUUUUGACAUAAAAGCUAUUUUUCAAUAAAUAUAUUGAUAUUAUUAAACUUGUUGAAUCAAUAUUUUUAAGUUUCACGCCAGUUGUACCAAAGGUUAUAAGUGCUAUCAUAAGUCUCAGAAGGCAUGCAACAUGUACGCACUGCGUACCUAUUUUUAAAAUAUUCUGUUACAUGCUCGUAUUGUUCCAUUUUCAUUUUUAAACUGUUUGACUUUCAAAAGGGCGAAAAAUGGGGUAACACGAAUACAAAUCGUACUGAUUUUUAGACAAAACAUGGAAGAGAGGCACAUUAAUUAUGAGACGAUGCCGCUACCCACUUCAUACCGCUACCCCUGCAUGAAUUAACUAUGCACACGAUGGCUCAGAGCACCCACUCAUGAGCUCAUCCUGCAUGAGCAUAUGAGCACAUGCUCAUAACUGCUCAUGAGCACAUGCUCAUCUGCUCAUAAGGCCCGUUUAGACCCGAUGGCUGGGUGUACUGUACAUUCUUCGUUCGUGCAAGCCACUGCAAAAAAUUAUUAAUACACAAAUGUAUACAUUUUCGCGCGUUUUUGCCAUUUUGAUUUGUACCCGGCCGACCCAUGUAAAAAUGACAAGAAAAGACAGGAAAAGCAAUUUAUUGAAUGACUCGAAGUUCACAUGCUGUGUCUUAAUACUGGUAUGUUUUUACAUGCUAAUACAUGACUUCAGUCCUAUUAAUCGAGUUUAAUCAUCAUCAUUCUCUUCAUCAUCAUGAUCAUUCUUUUCAUCAACAUCAUCAUUCUUUUCAUCAUCAUCAUUCUCUUCAUCAACAUCAUCAUUCUUUUCAUCAAAUUUGUAACCCUUUAAAAGCCUUCUAAUAAUAAACUUUCUCUUAUUAACAGCUGCUUCCAUGGCUUCUUCUGGAUCAAAAUCAUUGUUUUCCUCAAGCUCAUCUUUGUGUGCAUAAUUUUCGUAUGUACUGGAUAAUUCUUUAGUUGUCUCAUCCACACAAGAUGCUCCAUGUGAAUAUUUUCCAGUUGCUUCGGGAGUUUAGGCAAAAUAUUAGAGUAAGCUUUGCCCUUAACGGAUUGCUUAUCUAGGCCAAUGUUGAUAAGGCUUUCUUUUAUUUCCUCAAAAGCUAUAUUACUUCGUUGCUUUGCUUCUUCUAUCAGCGGUAUCCAAGGAUGCAUUUCUUCUUCUGACUCAUUAUCAGUCGAAAUUUCAGACCCAUGAGUUGAAGUUGUGGAGACAUCGCCUUGGAAAUCCUUUUCCAGGCUAUCGGAGUUUGUUUGAGACAUGUUUCUUUCUUGUGCACCUAGGGGACAGUAUUCCUUUUCGUGUCUACGUCGAUUGUAACCAAGGUUAAAUUGCUUUCCGCAAAAUUGGCAGUUCAUUCCGUUAGCACUGACUGUGCAUAAAUACAUUGUUAUUGAGCAGCACUGCAGGUUUAUGAGCAUGUGCUCAUGAGCAGUUAUGACGCAUCGCACAAAAUUGUACCCGACAUGAUUUUGAAAAUCUAACAAAAUCUAUACGUAGUAGUUUGGGUUUAAACCGGCCUUAUGAGCAGAUGAGCACCUGCUCUUAAUACGCACAACCAACAAAGAAAAUUUAUGGUGGAAGUUGAAUUUCACUUGGUGCGAAAUCCAAAAGUUGAAUUCCACUUGGUGGGAAAUUGAAAUCCGCUUGGUGCUGUUUUUGUGCCUAGAUACCUGCAAUGCCCCACAUCGACCCUACAUCGACGUCUCAUCGACCUCUUAUCGACCCCACAUUGACCCCUCAUCGCGACUUAGCAUUCUACAAUACAUAUCGAGUGUGUACAAAAACUACGCGUUAUACUAGAUUGUAUCGAUGCAAAUGUCAUCUUAGAGUGCGGAAAACGUGGUGCGGAUGUCUGUGGCUGCAAAUGUUUUCUUGUCAUUUUUGUCGGCCGGGUACAAAUCAAAAUGGCAAAAACGCGCGAAAAUGUAUACAUUUGUAUACUAAUCAUUUAUUGCAGUGGCUUCCACGAACGAAGAAUGUACACCCAGCCAUCGGGCCUAAACGAGCCUUAUGUGCUCAUACGCUCAUGCAGGAUGAGCUUAUGAGUGGGGGCUGUGAGCCGUCAUGCGCUCAUAAGCUCAUGCAGGGGUAGCGGUAUGAAGUGGGUAGCGGCAUGGUCUCAUAAUUAAUGUGCCUCUCUUCCAUGUUUUGUCUAAAAAUCAAUACGAUUUCGUAUUCGUGUUACCCCAUUUUUCGCCCUUUUGAAAGUCAAACAGUUUAAAAAUGAAAAUGGAACAAUACGAACAUGUACUGUACUGUAAUAGAAUAUUUUAAAAACCUAACAAAAAAACACAAAACAACUCUUGAAUUCCUAAAGGAUCUAAAGUUCAAAUCAAAUUCCUCCGAAUAUCAGGUCAUUGUGGGUUCUCUGUAGUACUGGAACGAAAAUCAAUAAACAUUCUUCGAACCGUUACAUCUAAAAUUUUUAUUAUGUUCAAAAACAGUUAUUCGUUUUCAAUAAAUAUUUUUAAAACAAUUUUUUGUUCAUUCUCUUCGUAGUACACACACCGUGCGCAAUCGCCCUGGCACAUCCUUAUCAAGACGCACGCAUACGCACAACACAAAUACUCACUGAAUACUAAUUACUUCCGAUCCUGUAUGUACCGGGUAAUACUACUAACAGUCGUGUGUUGUUUUCUUUCAUUUUCAAAAUGGUGAUCGAACGUGGGCAGAAACCUCUUUUUCGUUAGCUACAUGAAAUUCUGGAAGUUGUAUUGAUAAAUACAGUGGUAUGUUUGCGAUGUUACUCUGAGUGCAUAUCCACACCGGGCGAGCUUGAAAAAUAUGCCCGGCCACGGUGGGAUUCGAACCUACGACCUUUGGAAUACUAUGAUUACUCAAUACUUUCCACCGUGGCCGGGCAUAUUUUUCAAGCUCGCCCGGUGUGGAUAUGCACUCAGAGUAACAUCGCGAACAUAUUAUUCACCUGAGUACACAACACCAACACAGAAAAAAUACAGUGGUGUUGUUAUGGCUGUGCUGUGUACAGCGCCUGAUAUCGAAAGGAAAGAUUGGAUGCAGGGGGCCAGUUGUUCAAAACUAGGCGGUUAACGUGAAACCCUUAACCCUGGGUUAAUUAACGUGAAAUUCAAAGUAUACCUCCCAAUAUUAUAAAUAUUUUUUCGGAAAUCUUUCACGGAUCAUCAGAAGUUUAAUUUUCUAAAGUUUUGAAAUAAACAGACGUGCAGAGGUACACAAACCAAAACAGCGGGUUAAAUUUUAAUCCAGGUUUGUCAACAGGAUGUGUUCGCACUCCGUGUUCCCAGCUUGUUGAAAAGUCAACGGCUUGUUGACAACUUGCUACAAGGUUGUUGAGCUCAACAGACUUGUCACAAGUUUUCCAACAACUUGUUAUCGUCCUGCAAUUCAACAAUUUAUCAACAGGUUGUACAUGUCCGUUGUGAGUGACAAUCUUGUAGCAAUUUAAUAAAAUAACAGCAUUGUUACAACUUGUUGACAAGUGCUAAAUUUCCCAAUUGCUAAUCCCCUGAAUGUAUGCUUAUUUGUUGUAUAUAUAGGAUUCAGUUUUGAUGGUAUUGUUGAACAGCUGGAACAAUCUUUGUCUAACUUACAAACUGACCAUGUGGACAUCUUUUAUUUACAUCAUCCUGAUCGGAAUUAUCCCAUUGAAGAAACUUUAAAAGCUUGUGAUCACUUGCACAAACGUACGUUCAUAACAUUUUGAAAUUUUAAUUAUUACCUCCGACAAGUAUAUAGUUGUGUUUUAUCCCUGUUUGAAUAUGUGUGUCUUUGUGUAUGUGUUUGUCGCAUACUUCACAAAUAUCAAACGUACAGUAUUAACCAAGGACAAAUUGAUUAAAUUUUGCUUGAAUUUGUGUGAAAAUUGCACAAGAAAUUAGCAAACGUUUGUCUUGCUUUGCCUAGCAGAGUAAACUGAAUGGCCCAUUGUAUAAUUUGUGGAUGAUACAAAUAACUUGAUUCGCUGAUGGAAGUAUGCAGUCUUCGUGUGCGGCCUCUAGAUUUAUCAAUAGCUGGUUUUUAAGGACCCGCUUGCAGGUUGUAGACGAAGUCAGAGCUGAAGGGUCUUGUAGAUGGAGAUUAUCGAGUGGUCCACUCGAUCAGUUCCAUCUACGGUAUCCAGUCACAACGUCCCCAUGCAGGUCAAAACGUCCCCAGGCCAAAAAACCUUAACUCUUGUGUUCAAAUAAAUUGAACUGCAACUGAAUUAUAAAAGAAUAAACAUGUUCAUAGGGUUACAACACAAGUUUCCCAAAUUAUGCGACACAUGGGAUUACAGUAUGAAACUCUGAAUUAAUUGUUUAUUUGGCAAUGAAUUUAUUCGCAAAGAAUUUUAAUAAUACCGUGGUUGAUUUAGUUCCUUGAUCAGAUCAGAAGAAAUCCAAAAAUAUUAUAUGUAAAAAUAGUUAAAAAUUACUUUAAAAUUGACAGAAUAUCUGAUAUUUAGCCAACAGAUUUGACUUUAGUUGGGAUAUUUUGACAUGAGAACAUUUUGACUUAAGUUGGGGACGUUUUGACCUGGGAACGUUUUGACAGGUAAGCCCAUCUACAAGACAAUAUACAUAUAUAUUUAUUUAUUUUAUUUUAUUUUAUUUUACAAGUUUGCCAUUGCAAUAGAUCUAUAUAGAGUACUAUGGUUACAAAUGACUGGAAUUUCCACACAGAGAUAGUUCUCCAAUAACGGGGUUCCAAAAAAGAACAACUAAUGGUAUAUCUAAUUAUUUUGAAGUUAAAGCAAACAUAACAAUUAAACACAAAUAAAGCAAACGUAUUGACGAACAAACGAACAAAAACUAAAUUUAGCAACAUGUUCGGGUUGAUAAGUUCAUUAGUGGGCGAGUGGUGUGACAUUUAAUACACACAGACUUAAAUGUUCUUGGGUCUUCAGGGUCAUAAAUUUGUUGGGUUAAUUCUACGUAGUAUUUCAUUAGAUUACAUUUAAAUGUAGUUAGAGAUGUGGUGGUAUUUCUUAUGAAGCCGGGAAGCGUGUUCCAUACAUUAGCAGCUCUGAUGUAAAAGCUGUUUUGAAAAGAAACAGUUUUACUUUUGGUUACAUGAAGUAGGAUGCCGUUAGUUGAACUAGUAUUUCUUGUUUCUCGUGUAGGGAUCUUUAUAGAUAUGUUAUUGUCAGAGUUAUUUAUAAGGCAUUUGUGAAGAUACACCAUAUCUAAAUACUCAUGCCAGUAACAUAGAGGGAGGAUUUCGAUGGUAGCCAAUCGUUUCUUAUACGGGAUAGAUGUUUUGUACGGGAGCGAAAGAAUAAAUUUUGAUGCACGUCGCUGCAACCGUUCGAUCGUUAGGAUGUUGUUGACAGUUUGGGGUGCCCACACUUGACUACUGUAAGCUAGCUGGCUUCGAACGAUGGUCAAGUACAGUAUCUUUCGAACUCUUUUAUCGUGAAUGCCGGACGCUGUUCUCUUGACAAAACCCAGCAUUUUGUUAGCUUUUGAGGAUAAGUCCUGCACGUGCUGGUUCCACUUCAUAUCUUUGGUGAUACUUACGCCAAGAUCUUUUACACAGGUUAAAGGUUUGACUGGGAUGUCAGCUAAUGUGUACUGGUUGAUAGUAGGUUGGAGACAACGAGUAAAUUGAAGAACUCCGCACUUGGAUUUAUUUAAAUCCAUCCUCCAGUCUUGACACCAGUUCGUAAUAUUGUUAAGAUCUGAUUGUAGGAUUUCUCUGUCUUGGGGGUUACGAACAGCGCGAUGACAUUUAGUAUCAUCAGCAAACAUUGACACGGCAGUAUCUUGGGAGACGCUAUCGGGAAGAUCGUUUACGUAGAUAAGAAAGAGGAUUGGUCCAAGAAUUGAUCCUUGGGGAACGCCGGAUAGUACUGGGAGCGGCUGAGAUGUAACACCAUGUACAGUGACUCUUUGAAAACGCCCAGAAAGAUAAUCUUUGAACCAACGAAGAAGAUUACCUUUGAUGCCAAAGUUAUGGAGUUUCACAAGUAAAAGGUCAUGACUUACUUUGUCAAAUGCUUUCGCAAAGUCGAGGUAAAUCGUGUCAACUUGGCAUCUUUUUUCAAGCAUUUCAUGAAUGUUGUGAAGAACAUGUAAAAGCUGGGAAGUGGUAGACUUGCCUCUUUGAAAACCAUACUGUAACUCAUUCAGUUUGCUGGAGAUAUGAUCUAUAAGUCUAUUGUAUAUGCAACGUUCAAAUACCUUCGAGACUAACGACAGAAGUGAAAUUGGUCUAUAAUUGGAAACUUCAUGAAGUGGACUUUUCUUUGGGAUUGGACAAACAUUAGACAACUUCCAUUCUGACGGAAGUUGACCAGACGAUAAACUUUUGUUGAAAAGUUCACAUAAUGACGGAGCUAUACUAGCCGCGCAGUUUUUUAGUAAUACUGCUGGGAUUUUGUCAGGACCAGUUGCUUUCUCUUCGUCAAGAUUUCGAAGUACAUAACGAACUUCUCCUUCGGUUAGAGUAAGAUCUGAUAUGGUGGUUAGAUCGGUCAUGUCAUCUUCAAAAUCAACAGGGGAGAGUUGGCUGUGGGUAUGGUCGGGAGUUUGAAACACCGAGUAGAAGUAGCGAUUUAGCAUAUCAGCAAUAUCAACUGGGUUGUCAGCAGUCGAAGACGUUGAAUCUUGAAUGGACCAUGACAUUUUAGCAGGGAUGUUGGAGUGAUUUGAGGUGGAUUUAAAUAGUGACCAGAACUUUUUGCUACUGGACUUUAACAGAGAUGGAAGUUUUUGAAAAUACUCCGUACGUUUAGUUUUUGAAAAUACUCCGUACGUUUAGCUUGUAUUAACGUUUUGGCUGAUCUUCAAAGUUCGCGGAACUUUUCCCAAAGUCUAGGAGAUGCGUCGCGUUUAGCCCGUUUUCUGCACUUAUCUUUCUUCGAGAGAAUACGUUUAACUUCACCGUCAAUCCAGGGAGGUGAGUUGCUCCUUUUGAACGAUUUUAAUGGAAUAUAUUCAGUAGCAACUCUGAGAAAGAGACCUUUCCAUCGCUCCCAAUCGGUGUUGACGUCAGUUGACUGGUUAGAAGGAAAAGUAGUUUGAUUGACUAUUGCAUUUCGUAGACCGUCCCAAUCAGCAAGUUUGAAAUUGAAUACAGUUCUCUUGUCAUGCCCUGGCAUUUUUAAGUGAAACAUAAAAUCGAAGAACAUCAGACGAUGGUCACUUGAAAGGUUCAAAGAUUUUGCUGAAACGCAUGAUAAACUACCAAUGUUUUCUGAAGUGUUUGUUAGGAUAAGGUCUAAGAUAUUGUUUAGUCUUGUGGGAUACAUAUUCACUUGGUGCAAAAAAAAGUCGAAUGUACGUUCUCUAAACUCUGAUGAACCAACCGAAGGGGUCCUUUCUGAUAUAUUCGGUAGAAGUGAGGAAUUCCAAUUUAAGUCUGGAAAAUUAAAGUCACCAGUGAUAAGAACUUUAUCGUAGUGGGAAGUAUCAUUCAGAAAUGCUUUGAAUAAUUCAAGCCAUUCAUUUAAGUUACAAUUCGGUGGUCGAUAACAAACGGAAACAAGAGAUUUUUUGGUGUUCAUCAUUUCUAACUCAAGAGCAUAUGUAUGUAAUAUAUACAUUUCCACUCCAUAGUUUCCAUCACAAGACCUUUCAACUAUUAUUGAAUCGAAUGAGGUGCCAACAAAAUCUCGAAGUCAGAGCUGAACGAUUUCGCUCAUGGUGUUGUCCUGUAGUCUCUAUUUGACAUGAGAAGCUGGGCUGAAAUAUUGUUCAGACCAAUCUAAAGUAAUCUCGUUAUCUGGUAUAGAUCUAUACUUGAGAUCGAGGUUGGGAACUAUAGUCCCCACAAAGCCGUCGAAAAUAACUGUGUUUUAAAAAAAGCAUAUUUUUUAUAGAGGGAAAGUUCAAGGAACUUGGAAUUAGCAAUUAUGCUGCAUGGGAGUUGGUAAGAUACAGUAGAUAAAAUACAGCCGAAACUCUAUAAACCGACACCUCUCUUAACCAGACACCCCCUUUAAGCGGACACAAACCUCUGGUUCAAUGUUAAUAAUUAAAAACACUGUUAUUUUAACCCCAGACACACCCCUUUAAGCGAACACAAACCUCUGGUCCAAUGUUAAUAAAACAGUAUUAGACUAGUAUAACCCUGGCAGACACAUUAGUGAAUCCUUAAAGGUGUCCGUUUAAUAGAAGUUCAACUGUAUCUGCAUAGUAGCACUCAAUGUGAGAUUCUUGAUGGAGAACAUGAGUAUAGAAUGAUGAAUAGUAACUUUCUACACAUAUCCGUUCCGAAUCUUACUCGCUGUCAAUAAUUGUACAAGGACAAGAUGAUACAGGAUUUUCUGUGGAAUCCCUUUUCCUAUAAAAUAUUUGUACAAAAAAGUUGUACAAACAGAAACAACUUCCAAAACGAGCCCAAAAUGGACCCUGGCCUAAUUCAGGCCUUGCAGUAUGAAGUACUGUAUCAUCAAAAAUAAUUCGUUAUUUUUGGGUGACAAAAAUAUCUUAUUCAACCGACUACUUCACACUGUGGACCAUUGUAACUCUUCAAAAUGCUCCAACAAAAGCAACAACGGCAGUCAGUGCUACAGCCUUGGUUUUGCGCCAUGUUUUCUUUUAACUAUUAUAACUAUUUUUAAUUUGCCACCCAAAAUGGCAGAGUUAACAAAUACGUGUUGUGACGUCAUUUGCAAGAGCCCAACAGGAUACUGUGGUUAAAAUAUGUUUUUUAUAUCUAGAUCUUACUUUUACUAAUUUUACAACAUAUAUUUAAUUUUAUUCAACUACUGAUAUGCCCUGGCUUUGGUUACUGGGUAACUCAUGCAUGAUGCGUAGUCAGUUGUAAAUUCGUGCAUAUAAAUUCCUUUCAACAAUUGUUGUAGGCGGAGAUUUACUACAUCUGUAAAUUACAUGACUGGGUUCUACCAACAGUUUACCAAGGAAUGUAUAACCCACUCACCAGGUAUUGAAGGCUUCUAUCAAUAUUGCUAAAGUUCACAUUAUUUACUUUAAUUCAUUUAGUUUAGUUUUAGAGGUUGUUUACAUCAUCCCGGUUUGAAGGGACGGGAUGGCAGGCGGGGUAACUUUGAUGUAUUGAAGUAAGUCCCCCAGGCUUGCAGGCUUAAAGGAAAGUUCAAACGCCUAUUAAAGACUGAAAUGUUGUCGUGAAGAUCUCAUAGUUCAAGAGGUUUGUUAUUGCUGCUUCAUUAAUAAUUCAUGAGGAAAAUACAAAAGAAAUGAAUGUUUAAUCAAUGUUUGUAAAUCAGAUAAAGAUUUGCUCUGAUUUACAUAAACUUCAGCUUUGAUUUUCUCGGCUUAGACAAUGUUUAUUUUUUAAAUUACUUCGCCAAUGAACUCAAAAGAUGGGUGAUUUUUUAAGCACAAAUAAUUAAUGAGGAAAACACAAAGAAAAAUUAUAAGCGUGUCGUAUCUUUAUAUGUGAUAGAGAUUUCCCUUGAUUUACAUAAAUUUUAACUUUAACAAUAAUUCUAACUUUUUUGAAAAUUACUUCGCCAAUGUACUUACCAGAUCGAUCGUUGUAAAACAUUUAAAACAUUCGCAGUGCGUGCAUGUUUUAUCCUUAUAUCUGAUAAAACACUGUUGCUCAAUAGUACAUAAACUACUGUUUAAUAAACGAGCAGGAGUGUUUUAUUAGGUUUAAAGCCACGAGUGCGCAGCGCGAGUGGCUUUAGACCUAAUAAAACACGAACUGCGAGUUUAUUAAACGGCUUCAAACACGACUACAAAUUCAAUAGAUUUACUGCCUUAUUAGUAUUCUUUAUAUAAAAAACGGACAUGACUGACUACAAAUUCAAUAGAUUACUGCCUUAUUAGUAUUCUUUAUAUAAAAAAACGGACAUGACUACAAUAGAUACUGCCUUAUUAGUAUUAUUUAUAUAAAGAAUACUAAUUAGGAGUGUUUUAUGAGGUUUAAAGCCACUGCACGUGACAUAUUAUGGAAUACUAAUUAGGAGUGUUUUAUGAGGUUUAAAGCCACUGCACGUGACAUAUUAUGGUUGACAUGAUUUGCCAAUAAGCUUAUGAAUUAUUAAUGAGUGUUUGAAGUGAAUUUGAGGUCAAUGAUCUGAAACCUAGGACUGGAGGUUGUCAGGUGGUGUCCAAGAGGUUUGUUAUCGAUGCUUGAACAACCUCUCGUUUGCAAUUGUACUGUAAUCUAGCACCAGGAAAAUAAUGCAGUUUUGCUCAAUCAUGAACUGCACUUAAUUUCGAUAAGUCAAAAUUAUCCUGCUUCACAUUUCGUCCAAGCAAAGCGGUCACGUAGAACCCGUAGCAGUCAAUGGGAUUCUCCCUUAUGUUAUUGUAUUAUAAUGGUGUAUUUUUUCACAGGAUGGUUGAGACAGAAUUGUUUCCUUGCAUGCGAAGACUAGGAGUACGAUUCUUUGCCUACAAUAUGGUAAGAAACAAAUUAAUGUUAUCUCAAGUAGGUGCAUUCUACCAUAAACCAAUUUAAACCGUUCAAGCUAAUAAAAACCAUGUCUCAAUCACAAAAACGAGAUAUAUAGACCCAUUGCACUGACGUCACUAAUCCUUAGAGUGUCCUCCAGAUGCUCCCUAACAAUAUCUGUUCGGGUACAACAACCACGUACAGCGCAAAAAUUAACCAUUUCAAUACAAAAUUGUAAUAAACUUUUACAAAAUUUGCUUUAUUUACAAACGUUAUAUUAUGCAUGCAAACAUUGCUAAUUUGUCCUCCAGAUGCAUCAUCACCGGCGCUGUGACCUACUUUCCGGAAGUGUAUAUUCAGAACUUUGGAUAACUCGAAUGCCUAGUUACUAUUGUUCUAGUUUGCAGAAGCAUAGCAUAUAACAAAGAUAACUAGGCGUUAGAAUUAUGUAUAAGAGUUAUUCAUUCAUGCAGAUAAUUCUAAAACUUAGUUACCUUUGUUCUAUGCUAUGCUUCUGUAAACUAGAACAACCGUAGCUACAUGUAGGCAUGUGACUUAUCUAAAGUUAUGAAUUGCGUAUAAACAAACGUUAGCGUUCGUUGGUAGGGAUGCAACUACCUGGAAAAUAUAUUGGAGAAUUUCGACGUUUCUAGCGAAGGCCCUUUGUCUGAAGUUACUAGCGGGGGUUGGUAAACCAAACCAAUGUACUAAACCAAAGCAUGUUUCUUGCAGUUAGCUGGUGGUCUGUUGACUGGCAAACACAAGAUGGACGACCAUCCUGAAGACGAAACUAAACUUGGAAGAUUCUUUGGAAAAGAAGUAUGGCCGUCAAAGUAAGCAGACUUAAAUAUGAAAUCACCAGAACUUGCCAGUGUGCUGUGAGCAGUAAAAACAGUAUAAAAAUAAAAUAAUAAAUAAUAUUAUUAUUAAUAAAAAUAAUAAUAAUAAAGUAUAAGGAUUUUGUGCAUCUCACUCUUGAUAACUAAAUAUUGAAGAGUUUUGCAGAUGGAAAUCUCGACUGUAAAUUUUAUACAUUUUAACCCCAACUAGGAGGAAAUGUAACUACGAGCCCUUUGGCCAAUCUCGUUCCCCGAGCAUGCCCGUUCGCAGGUUAAGGGUGGGCAUAGCUCUGGAGAAAUCGAAUUGAUUCAGGCCUGUGAUUGGCUAACGGCAGAUAGUACGUUGGAUUUCCAACGUGAGUUCUAUAGCAUGCUUGGCAAUUGUUGCAAAAUAUAAACAAAGUAUUUGGAAUUUCUCGUCGAAAAUUUGCUACUUUCUUACACUGAAAUCGCUUGAAAACAACUAGAAAUGCUGGAAGGAAUAUGUGCGAAAGCUUCGGAUUGAUACGGAUACAACUACCUAAAAAAUACAAGGAGAACUUCGACGUUUCGAGCGAAGGCGCUUCGACUUGUGCUGUUAAUGUUUGUAUAUAUAGUACUUGACCUUUUAUACUGUCGUACUUAACAAUACGUAUACCAUAAAUUCUGACAGGAGAGUUAAAUGUAAAUUUUAAAGCAUAAAAAUAUAUAAUACUCAUUCUUGAGGAGAUUUAUCAGUAAAGGUGAAGUACGAUGUAUAUAAACACUAACAGUACAAGUGACAAGUCGAAGCGCCUUCCCUCGAAACGUCGAAGUUCUCUUUGUAUUUUUCAAGUAGUUGUAUCCCUAUCAAUCCGAAGCUUUCGUACAUAUUUCCUCAUAAUUUUUAGUUGUUUUCAAUCCGAUUUCAGUGUAAAAAGUAUCAAAUUUUCGACGAGAAAUUCUAAAUACUUUAUUGAUUUUGCAACAAUUGCUGAGCAUGCGUAGAACUCACGUUGGAAAUUCAACGUGAAUCAAUUCGAUUUCUCCAGAGCUAUGCCCACCCUUAACCUGCGAACGGGCAUGCUCGGGGAACGAGAUUGCCCUUUGGCAGGAAUCGAACCUGCGGCCCUGCGAUUCCGGUUACGUGCAACGCUUUAACUAACUAGGCUGCAGAGUCCAGUUAUCGAGCUCUAAUCCAAUCUCGUACCCAGGUUCUUUCCACUACGCGCCUCCAGCGAGGCGCGUAGUGGAAAGAGCCUGGGUACGAAGUUGGCUCUAAUCACAAGUUCAUGUAUAAAUAUAUGAAUAAAGGUGAUGCCAGUAUUGGUAAAUAUUAGGAUAUCCCAAUAUCAUCAUCUUACUCGCUAGAACUACAGUAUAGGUAGAACCAUUUUUCGCAGCUGCUCCUGGUUAUGGCUAAAAAUGUAUAAAAUUUACAUUUGAGAUUUCCAUCUGCACUGUCCAAAAGUAAAAAUAGUAUGUAGCUUGGGAGAAAGCAUGAGGGUGCAGGAGCAGACUCUAAAAUGGCGUUAAAAAACUGAAGUAAAAAUUUGCCCAUACAUUUCUUGGUUUCGUUUCGCUUCCAGCGUCCAUUGUGGGAAUAAAUAGAAUCAAUAAAUUAUACUUUAUGCCUGCGCCAUAUAUAGAAAAAUAAAAGUGCCUUUAAAUUUUCUAAUUUUGUGUAUUCUUUGCAGUCCAUCCCAGGAAGGAAAGGGUAGGGGCCAUGCAUCGCACCCCUUGCACUUGUUAGGCGUGCGUAACGUAUGAUCAUUUAUCAUUCCGAAUGUACUGGAAUUCCGAAUCCACAGAGUCUUUUAAAAUCGCAUCGUCAUUAGGCAUUGUUAUGGGGGGCAUUUCCACCCUCUAUAUUUAAUUUAACAGAAUAACGGUUUGAUGAUAGCCUGCAUGUGUCGCUUUCAUCCUCGUCUGAUCCGGGAUUUAUACGUAAUCAGUCUGAGGCAGUUCGUUUAACCGUCUUCUUGAAUAUUGCUCCACGCUAUCUACACUGAACCCAACUUUCCAGAUAUAUUUAUCAAAUAUCUUAUAUUUUUGUAGGUACCGACAACGAUUUUGGCAUAAAGAAUAUUUUGACGGGGUAACUGACAUCCAGAAUGCUUUAACGGCAUGCUACGGUGAAGGAAAAGUAUCUUUGAUUGAAGCAUGUAACAGAUGGAUGUAUCAUCAUUCAAUGUUGUCUCAAAAACAUGGAGGUAGGUCUGCAGCUAAAUAUUGAAUUAGUAUAACUGCAAGUAAAAUUGAAAUAAAAUGGCCUCACUUGAAAGACCUCGUCAAAAUACUACAAUAUUUCAGGAAUAAUAGUUUUGUAUCUGCGCAUGCAGAUAUAUUGUUAGCUAUGAUGCGAGUGAAUAUGUUAGUUAGAACCACUUGGAGCACUCGCAGUCCGUGCUGUUCAUAUAUAGAACACUCGAACUGUGCUCGUGUUUUAUAUCUGAUAAAGCACUCCUGCUCGUGUUUUAAAUAGUGCAUAACCAUGGUCGUAAUUCAAGAUGGGCGCUAGUGAGUAUUGUAAGUAUGGGCGUAUUUUUAAAACUUUACGAUGGAAACCAAGCAUCAAGGCAGAACGCAUUUUCAUUUUUUGUUUUAUUUUGAGAUUUAUUUUGUUUUAUCAGGAAUGUUGAAGGCGUAAAUAAAACUUUUUGAUAACUGUUGACAGACUAGCCAAUUUACAAAAACUUUGUUGACUUGGCUUGCGACUUGGCCUGCUGUAUAUCAAUAUAAUUUAAACAGGAAGGACACUAAGCUUUUAAAACGCUGCGCGAAUAUUCACCCUGCAAUAUUCAUGUUUUGAUUUAGAUGCAGUUCACACAGAUAAGAAUGUUCAAAUCGUUUGAAUCAAAUCGAUAAUGAUUUCAUUUGUCCCAUGCCCUCUUCGUUAUUCAGGAGAAAUGGCAAAAUGUGAAUGCAAUUUAAUUGACACAAUUCACGUUCAGCCGUUAGAAUCUCUUUGCCAUAAGCGAUACCGAACUCGCCUAGAGUUGGAUACUCCCCCCGAACCAAACCAAUUUUUCGGUGCAAUGGACGUCAACGCUUGACAUAACUGCAACCACCAUUUUUCCAUUUGAGGUUGAAUAUUUUACUUAGUUUCUUUUCAUUUGCAACCUAUAAAUAAAGAACGAUGAAACUUUAGUUGUAACAAUGAAGCUUCAUGCAGUGGCUGGUCCUCUUUGGUUUAAAUUAAAUUACACGAACUAAUCAUUUCUGUUAUUCAUAGAUGGUGUAAUUCUUGGAGGUUCAUCCCUCACGCAAUUGGAAAACAACAUGAAAUUUAUAAAUCAAGGCCCUCUAGAUCCAAGUAUGUGUGUAUAUACUACUUAUCUUCUGUAUGUCGCAGGAGAAAUAUAUAAGAAAGUGAAAGUACAAUAUUACAGAUAUCAAUGAGAACUAUUACCACUUGGGUUACAGACCUUAAGGUGGCUCCAUACAGUUCCGUAGUAUAAAUGCCUUGUUGCGUAAAAUUUCAAUUUAUAAAUUUUAUCACUUCAUCUAUUAAUCUUAAGCAUUCCCGAGUAUAAAUUAAGUAUUUGGUAGAAAAAAUUUGCAAUGUUCUUGAACAUAAUAUUGUUUCCAUGGUAACAGUAGUCUCGCCAAAUAUGGUAUUUUUUGCUAUUUUAAGCAGGUUUUUAUUAUUUAUUUUCCGAAUAUUGCCGGUGACACCCCAUUUUUAACUGCUGUAUAGCUUUCACUUUUUAUGCUGAAUCUUAUCCUUGAAAAUAAAAAAAUUCUGUAGAUUAGAAUAGCCAGAAUAAAAAUUGCGGAUUUAGAGUUUUCCAAUCUACAGAUUUUUUAAAAAUUUUGAUAUUCUAUUUGUUUUAAAAGAAGUUAUCGUUAUGCAAAAUUUCAUCACAUGUCACCGUGCAAAAUUUUGAAUUACGCCGUUUUAUUGUGGUAUCUCACUCGCUCGGCCGAAAGUUUUUCGAGCUCUGCAAGAUCAAUGAAUUGACAUGCGCGUACAGGUUUUCGCAGGCGCAUGUCCAGAAAAACACGCACAAAAAAGUUUUUAGUCUCGUCGAAAUAUCAAAUAUAUGUUGUGUUUUCUUGCUUAGAAAUGCAAAUAUCUUUAGUUUUGCAUGCUAACUCGUGAUAACGCAAAGAAAACAGGUGAUUGUGUCGUUUGGUAUAAGAUAUGUGUGACAUGUAUGAACUUUUUGGCUUCUCUACAUAGUUUUAUAUUCGUUUACAGUCGUAACUUGUGUGUUUUGAUGUUGUUGUUGACAAGUUAAAAUAGUUUGAGCCGGCGCAUGAUGCUGUUUCACUGAAUUCCUUUGCUGUUAGCAACACGUUGAAUACAUUUACCAGUUGUAAGUCCAAAAAAAUCUGGAUAUGAACUUAUAAAUCGCCAAAUAUUGGAGUAAAAAACUUUUCGCCGGUCGGGCCGAUCGGCGAUCGCCGGUUUUCACAAGAGUUUGAACGUUGAACAUUGCAUUUUUUUACCUUAAAAUGUCUUCUAAAAAGACUAUGUCCAGGGCUAAAUCAGGACGAAGUUUGUUCUUUGAGAACAAAUGAGAACAAGGAAGACUCAAAACAUCAAAAUAAACAUGACUUGUGGUUCGGAUUUUAGACUGAAAAAGUUGUAUUUAUUUUUGCAUAUAUUUUGAAUGUUUUCGCGCGAAAACUCAAGAUUAGGUACCAGUCCCCCGAUUAUGAAAAGUGUAUGGAGCCACCUUAAAAUAUCAAUCGCAGAGCCGUCUGACAAAAUGCCCGACGACUUUGAGUCGGACAUAUGUGUGAUGAUGUCCUUGGAAAUAAGUAAUAUUGAUUCAAUUAUUAAUACUGAACACCCGCACUGAAAACUCGAUUGCUUUAAUUUUUAAAACAAUAUUUCCCGUUCACUUUUUAUACAUUUCUCUGAUUCAUAUUUAGCAUACAAGCUGGACUUAAGGUGUAAUAUCCCACUAAACAUUUUAUAUCAAUUAUUUAUCUACUCUUUUCUCGUUUUAGAUGUUGUUUCUGUGUUUGAUCGCUCAUGGCUGAGAGUGAAAGGCGUGUGUCCGCGUUACAAUCGAUAAUUCUGAAGAUUCUAAAUGCCAUAUUUGCUUUAUUAUUUUCACCCUGAAUACCAUUAACAUUCGCAGUGUUAGGCAAUAUACGUACAGUAGUCUAUGUAUAAUUAUAUAAUUCAAUUGCAAAAUUCUUUGACAAAAUGAGUAAAUGAUACCAUUAUGACAGUUGCUUUUAUAUAUUUCUUCAUGAAGGUGUAAGAUCUACUAUAUAUCUUAGUAAAAUUCGUAAAGUCAAAAUGGAUGUUUGGCAGUGGACGUUUGCUCUAAAUUCUGUUAUACAAUCAAUUUCAAAAGUGAUUUGGAUAGCUGCAGUUUUCUAGAUUGGAAGUCUAUUUGUACAAUUUGUCCCCGAGCCGGCGGCGCGAAGCGCCGUGCGAGGGUACUAAUUCCCCCCGGCUAUUUACACCCUGGGAAACGAAAGCAUUAGGGAAGUCUGAAGUUCAUCAAAUAUCGCGGGCGUGGGUCACUGUGCGUGGGUGGCAGUGAACUCUAAUAAGACUGGAACGAUAACUCGGCCGCCAUCUUUGAAGCCAAAUUGAAGGCCGUCAUUGGAGGUACGGAGGCGAAAAUACACCUCUUCGAAAAACUCGGAUUUCUGCCUUUCUAGCUAUGCUAGAACAUAGAUGAAAAACUUAAAAACAUCUACGAUACUUGGACUAUUGCACAAAUCAUGUUUGGAAGCCGUAGGUAGAAAAGACUUAACGUUAUUUUUUGUGUACCUGAAAGUCGUAUUUUGUUCGGCACGGAAAAUAUUUUGUUAUUUUCUUGAAUACAAAAAUGGUUCCGUUCGAGAUUUUGCU